UCGCCGCUCGCCGCUCGCUGCUCGGCCGCCGGCCCUCGCAACUUCUCCUGCGACGCAAGGCCGGCGAAGACGACAUCAAUCCUUCCUCGACGGCAGACGCGAUCUCCACCGCUCUCGAACCCGCAGUUUUCCCCGCCGGCAUUUUGCUCGUUGCGAGCAGAACCGGCGGCUCCCUCCACACGUACGUGUCUCCGCCAUCGCGCGCCGAGGCCCCAGCACCCAAUCCCCCUCGCCGCCGGCGACCAUGGUGUCGCAGCACGGCAUCCUCCUCGCCGCCGGCCUCAUCUCCGAUCACUUCGGCCCCCUCGUAGCGAAGGUGUGCGAAUGCCUCCUCCGCCACGGAGCGCUGCAGCUGCCGGAGAUUGCGCGCCGCCUCAAGCUCCCGCGGAACCACUUGAAGAACUCUCUCCUCGUCCUCAUCCAGCACAAUUGCGUCCAGGCCUUCUCAUCCCCCAGUGGGGCCGGCCGUAGGGCAGUGACGCUCUACUUGGCCAUCUUCGACAACGUCCUGCAUCGGCUGCGCUUUGCAAAGUUCCUCUCUGUCAUCCGUGCGGACAUCCCAGAGUCAGAAGUUCUUAUUGAGGAAUUGCUUCAGAAUGGCCGGCUAACAUUUGACCAACUUGUGGAAUGCACAAUCUCUAAAGUACCAGAAAGCACCACCAGACCAGAAAGGGAAGAAAUACGUUUGAACUUCAACAAACUUGUGUAUGCACGUUAUGUGGAACGUUGCCCAAAACCUGAACCUUCUUUUGAUCCAGAUGAACAACCUACACCUGCGAGGAGAAGAGUACAAAAAACCGUCGAGGAGGUUCUUUCACUUGAGCAGAAAAUUGUCAAUACUGCAAAACUUUCUGACGCAGAAAGAUUUUCUGAGAUCCCAUACAACAUGGAAGAUGCAUCAAAUGCAAAUGAUUGGCCUCGAAACGCUGUUUCUGGUGCUAAGCGGAAAUAUGGAGCCUUUGAGGUAGAUGAAGAGCGCGACUCAACAAGUGCAGAGAAUGAAGAACUUUGGCGGAUAAAUUUUGAAAAAUUUAUAUUCCGUCUGAAGAAGAAGUUCUGUGCAGACCGAAAGAAACCAAGGCUGAAGGUUGGCACACAUCCUAUCUGGGAGUCAUUUCUCGAGGCUAACUUAGCUGAUAAGGAUACCAACUCUGUGACAUCAUCAAUAAAUGGUAUUUUGGAGAGACUAGGACAAAAGGAAGGAGGUGCAGCAAUGACACUCGAUCAGAUCACAAGAGUUCUAGAGGAUUUGCGGUGUACAACUUCCACUGAUGAUCCGGAAGCAUUUACUUUUGAUUUGCGCAAAAUGGUUGAAGCUUGUAGAAAUGAGGAGAUAGAGUCGCUUGUGAAAAAGAAAUAUGGGCAAGAAGCCUUUACAAUCUUUAGGCUGUUGGUCACGCAAGGUUGUCCAGUUGAAACAGAUCGAAUUAUUGACACAACAAUUCUUGACAAGCAGAUUGUUCAUUCAACUUUGUACAAGCUAUGGAAGGACGACUAUACGGAUUCAGAGAAAAUCACUUCCGCGCGAGGAACAGGGUAUGCACAGUUUUUUGUAUGGAGAGCGAAAAAUACAUUUCGUGAACAGUUCAUCGAUAUUCUCUAUCAUGCUGCUUUGAACUUACGCCAGGUGGUAAACUACAUUGUUGAACUUCUACUCGAGGCUCAGGGUCCAAAGGAUAAAAUAGAGCGCCCUCGAAAACAAAAGGAUAAAAUAAAGAUGCUGAAAAGAAGAAGGGACAUUUUGAUCCAAGCACUCAUUAGACAUGAUGACUCUCUCAUGUUGUUCCAUGAUUUUUGAAAGGGAUCUCUUUCCUAAAAAUUUGACAGAUUCACUUGGUUCUUUGGUCUGGUCAGUAGAUUAAGAAUGCAAAAAAUCUAUAAUCAUGCACAACAGGUGCUCUAUAGUUCUCGACUUCUUGUACCAAUAGAAUUAAGAAGGGAUUGGUUUUUUUAUUGGAUGAAUCAUUAAGACUUUGUACAUUUGGCAAUGGCAGUGAGUUU